UGCAUAUAAUCCAUUUCCAACAAGGUGUGGCCAACAAUAGUACAGUGCCAUUCUUAUAUUUAAUGAACAAAUUCAACACCACACAAACAAAUCCGAACACAUCUGUGGUGAAACAAUUCCUGAGAUGACACAAGUGAGGAACAAGCAAGUGAUUCUGAAGGACUAUGUUUCUGGUUUUCCUAAAGAAUCAGACAUGAACAUUGUUGAUAGUACUAUUACUCUAAAGCUUCCACAAGAUUCCAAUGAGUUGCUGCUAAAAAAUUUGUACUUGUCAUGUGAUCCUUACAUGCGGAUCCUUAUGACCAAGGACACUACUGGAGGACUUGGUGCUCACACUCCUGGUUCUCCAUUGAUAGGAUAUGGUGUGUCUAAAGUGUUGGAAUCUGGACACCAAGAUUAUAAGAAAGGUGAUUUAGUUUGGGGUAUUACUAAAUGGGAAGAGUAUAGCUUGAUUCCGGCAACUGGAAUGUUCAAAAUUGAGCACACUGAUGUUCCACUUUCUUACUAUACCGGAAUUCUCGGUAUGCCGGGAAUGACAGCUUAUGCUGGUUUCUUUGAGUUAGGCUGUCCCAAGAAAGGAGAGAAUGUUUUUGUUUCAGCUGCAUCUGGUGCAGUUGGUCAACUUGUUGGUCAAUUCGCUAAAUUGGCCGGUUGUUAUGUUGUUGGAAGUGCUGGAACCAAAGAGAAAGUAGAUCUGUUGAAGAAUAAAUUUGGAUAUGAUGAAGCCUUUAACUACAAAGAAGAGCAUGACCUUAAUGCAGCAUUGAAAAGGUACUUUCCAGAAGGAAUUGACAUUUACUUUGAGAAUGUUGGAGGCAAGACACUUGAUGCUGUACUCCUGAAUAUGAAAAUCCACGGUCGCAUACCUGUGUGUGGAAUGAUUUCACAGUAUAAUCUUACGCGACAUGAAGGUGUCACGAAUUUGGCGCAUCUCAUAUAUAAACGGAUUCAUAUGCAAGGUUUUGUCGUAGUUGAUUACUAUCACCUUUAUACAAAAUUCUUGGAAUUUGUCUUGCCUCUUAUAAGAGAAGGAAAGGUUGUGUAUGUGGAAGACAUAGCUGAGGGUCUUGAGAAUGGUCCUGCUGCAUUGAUUGGCUUGUAUAAUGGUCGCAAUGUUGGUAAACAAGUGGUUGUUGUUGCUCAUGAGUGAAUAUGAAUGCAUAUGCUUUUCUAAAUGUUGGUGCCUUUUUUCAUGCUUUUUGUGUUGAGUUACUUGUGUAUGAAGCACUCUUUGUAUGGCCUUUGUAUUCUUCUUCCUCCACUUUGUUAAUUGCGUGACAUUUGACGAUAAAUAAACACAUAAUGGUAAAUCAUGAUA